AUAAAUCGGUGGGUUUUCAUAAUUAGGGUCUGAGGUUGGGGAUUUUGGGACCAAGCACAGCAGCAUUAAGAAACAACUCACAAGUUCACAACUGUCAGAACAAACCUCGAUCAAUGGUAUCCUUUCGCUUUCCUUUCUCGUUUUCUCAGCCAUCCCAACCGCCGAAUGUCACUCCCCGUCGUUUCCCGGCCACCGCCGUCGCAGCAUCUGUCGCCGUCGCCGCCACGGCAGGCGCUGGCGUCGCUAUCUCACUAAACUCCGACUUCCAAUUUCUUCCAACCGCGCUGAAUUUAUUGACCUCCAGCAGAAAUGGCUUCUGCUCUCUUUCGCUGGCGGAUAAUUCGUCGUCUCCUGUUACUGAAUCCAGGACCGGAAUGUCGUUCCCCGCAGUUAUAAAGGACUCUCAGCGGCUCCUCGGCGUCGGCGUGCGGAGGAAAGCUAUUCUAGGGUUGAAGAACAUUGAUGUCUAUGCUUUCGGUGUGUAUGCGGAUGAUGAUGGUGUUAAGAAGCACCUUGGUGAGAAGUACAGAGAGUUUUCGCCGUCUGAACUGAAGGUGAAGGAAGAACUGAGGGAUGAUCUUAUGGAAAGUGAUGUGAAGAUGACUGUUAGGCUGCAGAUAGUUUAUGGCAGGUUGAGCAUUCGAUCCGUGCGUAGUGCUUUUGAGGAGUCGGUUGGAAGCCGAUUGCGCAACUUCGAAGGAUCGGAUAACAAAGAACUCCUACAAAGGACAUAUACAAUGGACAGAUUAAUUGAAUCGAUGAACAGGUUUACCUCCCAAUUCAGAGAUGAAUACAAAAUACCUCGGGGAUCCAUCAUCGAUCUGUCCCGUGAGGAGGGUUAUGUUCUUCGCACAUCCAUUGAUGGGAAGGAAGUGGGAAGCAUUGAGAGCAAGGUGUUGUGUCGAUCCAUUCUUGAUUUGUACAUUGGGAGCCAUCCAUUCGAUCAAAAAGCCCAGCAAGAUGUAGCCCUCAACUUGGCUCAUCAGACUCUACUUCCAAAUAAUUAAACAGCUUCGAGUUUGGUAAGUUGAUUCAUAAUCUAUAGAGAGAGAGAGAGAGAGAGAGAGAGAGAGAGAAAGAGAUAUUUUUUUGGAAUAAUAAUAAUUAGUGUUUGAGUGGUGAUCUGAUCUGCUUAAAUAACUUAACCUGUCCUGUCCCGUCCAUUUAUGCGGCACAGCGAAAUGUUAUGUCAUUUAAAUCUCUCUACAAA